CAGGAGCCAUGCGUUCGCCGACAGCCGCCGUGGCCGCCGUCGCACUAUGGCUGUGUCUGGCGGCUGCCGCUGCCGCCCCGGCCGGCGGCGGGGGCGACGUGUCGCUGACGCUGCUGCACACCAACGACAUGCACGCGCGCUUCGAGCAGACGAGCCGGUCGAACGGCAAGUGCCGGCGCGGCGACGAGCGCCACUGCUACGGUGGGUUCGCGCGCGUCGCCCACGUGGUCCGCGGAGCGCGUCGCCGCGCCGCCGAGGACACGACCGCGCCGCACGUGCUCUUCUUGGUAGCCGGCGACACCUACCAGGGCACCGUCUGGUUCACCGUGCACAAGUGGCGCAUCGUCGCCGCCAUGCUCAACCUGCUGCAUCCCAAUGCCUCCUCCCUGGGGAACCACGAGUUCGACAACGGCGUGGCCGGGCUGGUGCCCUUCCUGGAGAACGCCAGCUUCCCCGUGGUCGCUGCCAACCUGGACACCAGCGAGGAGCCAGCGCUGGCCGCUUCUCCCCUCGUCAAGUCGGUCGUGCUCCACCUGCCAGGCGGUCCCGACGUCGGCAUCAUCGGCUACCUCACACCAGAGACCAAGAUCAUAGCCUUCACUGGAAAAGUCAAAUUUUUGGAUGAAGUAGCAAGUAUUAAAGAAGAAGCAGAGAGACUGAAACGUGAAGGAAUCAAUAUUCUGAUUGCAUUGGGCCAUUCAGGUUACAAAACAGAUCAGAGAAUUGCUUCUGAAGUUCCUGAUAUUGAUGUUGUCAUUGGUGGACAUACCAAUACCUUCUUGUACACUGGUGAUGCUCCAGAUAGUGAAGUUCCUGUGGAUCUGUAUCCUAAAAUAAUCACUCAGCCAUCUGGGAAAAAAGUUCCUGUUGUCCAAGCCUAUGCAUAUACUAAAUACCUGGGAAAUUUAUCAGUGGUAUUUGAUCAGAAUGGAGAACUGAAAUCAUUUACGGGGAAUCCGGUGCUACUUAAUUCAUCAGUGGAAGAAGACAGUGAAAUCCUAAAAGCAUUGGAAGAGUGGAGAGCAGAAGUUGACAACAGUACAAAAGAGAUUAUAGGAAAAACACGGGUGCUCCUUGACGGUGCUGCAGAACAUUGUCGCUUAUUUGAAUGCAACUUUGGGAAUCUAGUGACAGAUGCCAUGGUUUACACUAAUGCUAAAAGCUACCAUGGUAAUGGGUGGACCAAUGCACCAAUUGCAUUAUUCAAUGGUGGUGGAAUCCGAUCAUCUAUAGAUACAUCAUCUGAUGGCAAUGUGACCAAAGAAGAUAUAUUAACAACGUUGCCUUUUCAAAACACUUUAUUCUUCGAAAAAAUAAAUGGAUCACAGUUGUUGGCUGCUUUGGAAAAUGGAGUUUAUUAUUAUGAAGAAGUUACAACAAGGGGAAUUGGAAGUUUUCCACAACUAUCAGGACUGAAGGUCACUUACAACAUCAAAAAGCCAGCGGGUGCCAGAGUACAAGAAGUGCUUGUGCUCUGUGGAGAGUGCAGGGUGCCCACCUAUUCUCCCUUGAUAGAAAGUGAUAUAUAUGGUGUCAUCAUUCCAGCUUUUAUGAAACAGGGAGGUGAUAAUUACAAAGUUUUUGAAAACAGUAUUGAAUCAUCUUCAUUAGAUUAUAUUGACAGUGAUAUUGUUGCUGACUACAUAAAGCAGAAGAGUCCUGUGUACCCAGCCAUAGAAGACAGGAUAUCAUUUGAAACGGACACACCUUCACAUGCAAUAAGAACUAGGAGUACAAUACUCCUGCAUUACAUGCUUGCGGCAAUCAGUAUUUACUGUUCAGUUUUAAUGUAAAUUACUUUUAACUUUCUUAUGAAAUAUACAAAUAAAAGUUAUUGUUGUUGAGUUA